AUGGCUAAUGCCUGCACAAACCUCACCGGUGUCGUACGCUUGGAGCGACAGUUCAAGAUUGACGGGUUCAGCCUGCUGACCACGACCAUGUCCGACAGCGAGUUCGUCAAGUUCAGGUGGGAUGCCGGAGGCUUCGAGUGGGAAAUACAUUGCUAUCCCAGCACUUGGGUAUCCGGUAAGUAUUGGGUAGCACUGACGUUUAUGCUCUUCGCUGACGCCGGCACUUGCAACGUGAGGGCCAGACUAGGUUGUCUCCUGGUACAUCCGAGGAAGCUGCACAAUGCAUCCCACUCGGAAGGGAGUGUCACACACGUGUUCAAGCGUCCGAAAGACUGCUCAGCCAAAGUUUUGCUUGUAGGUAGAGACUCCCUACCGGCACCGGCUUCUUUCAAAGAUGACUAUCUGACCGUGCAGUGCACCAUCACUAUCGUCAAGGAACUUCCGGAAGCCGCAAAAUCGGUUCCCGCACCAUCCUCCAACCUGCACCUGCACCUUGGCGACCUCCUGGAGAGCCAGACGGGAGCCGACGUCACGUUUCUCGUCUCUGGCGAGACCUUCGCCGCGCACAAGCUCAUAAUAGCCGCGAGGUCUCCCGUAUUCAUGGCUGAGUUCUUCGGGCACAUGAGGGAGGCGAGCGCUGGGCGUGUCGUCAUCAAGGACAUGGAUCCGCAAGCGUUCAAGGCCAUGCUGCACUUUAUCUACACGGACACGGUUCCUGAGCUUGACCAGGAGCUGGAGGCCGUAGCGAUGAUGGCUCAGCACUUACUUGCAGCUGCUAACAGGUACGGGCUGGACAGGCUCAAGGUGAUCUGCGAGGGCAAGCUCGCCGGUGGCAUCACUGUCGAAACAGCCGCGACGACUCUGGCUCUGGCUCAGCAGCACAACUGCUCGCACCUCAAGACCAAGUGCGUUGAGUUCAUGGUUAGCACUCAUGCUGUCCUUGAUUCUGUUGUGGCGACAGAGGGGUAUAAGCAUCUAGAGGCAAGCUGCCCUUCAGCGCUUACUAGCAUCGUCAUCUCCAUGCGUGGGAGAAGGAAUUGA